AUGGCCAUCAUGCCGACCGGUAAUCAUCGAGCAUAUGUCUCCUGGCGGAGCAAGUUUACCUCCCCUCCAUCGACGCAACCCCACGCAACCGUGGCCCCCCACUCAGUCUUCCUCAUCACGGAGCUACUAGAAGCCAUCCUCCUACACGUCGACCCAUUCACACUACUCACCUCCGCCCAACGAGUAUGUCACUUCUGGAACACCGUCAUCCAACACUCCCACCGCCUCCAGAUCGCCCUAUUCUUCCAGCCCUCCAACAACUACAUCCCCACUCCCCACGAACCAUGCUGCCCCGAAAACCCCUUCCUCACAAAACUCUGGUAUCCAAUCUUCUUCCGACGACACCUGUUCACCCUCUCGUUCCCUCUCCUCGCCAGCCCUCUCACCUCCAAGUUCGUUCCGCACCACAUCGACGUGUACCUCCGACGGGAAGCCAGCUGGAGACGCAUGCUUGUUUUCCAGCGGCCAGACUUGUAUGUCAGGAUCCUUGAGCUCAAAAGUGAUGGUGUAGAGUUUACCGUUAUGAAGGAUAUUGUGUAUCAUCCCGCGGAGGGGUUCCCGCGACUGGGGCCUCUGUAUGCUUUUGUUCGGAAGAAGUUUUCUUUUACUGCGAGGAGGGUCUUUACGUUGCAGCGUGGGUUUAAGCCGCGGGUUUUGGAGAGGGUUUAUUGGGUUGCGCAUUGUUGAUGUUUGGUGGGUGUCUUGAUUAUUACUCGCAUUGUUGGAAGUAUGAGAGUGUGCAAAUUGGGAGUAGAAGUAGAUGUCUUGGUGAGGUUGGAGUUUUCUGAUCGCCUAGGAUAUUUCUUAUUUCCUUUCUUCCGAUUAUCCCUAGGAGCACGAACUGGAC